AUGGAGACUUCCUCUUCUUCUCGCGACCUCGCCUUCUCGAGUGCGGGGACAGUCGUCACGUACCUUGUGCCCCAGGAGGGCGCGGUCCGCCGCGUGUUGUCUCCUUCUUCUCCCUCUUCAGUGCCGAAAGGCAGCGCGGCUUCAGGACUCAAAAAAGAGCCGAGCGAAAACUCCAGAGGCGAAAAGGGAGAGGGAGAAGACGACGGAGUCGCUCAACAGGCCUGGCGAGUCAAGGCCUUCCGAGGCGGCCUGGGAAGCGCAGGCGAUCCCAGAGCUUCUCAGGAGGGUCAACGAGAGAUGGGCAUGCAGCAGGUGACUGAGGGAAAAUACGAAGGUGGCUUCGCCCUUUGGGAAUGCACUUGGGAUCUCGUUAAGUUUCUCCUGAAGUUGAACCCGGCGAAUUUCCAAGAUGCACACGUUCUUGACCUCGGAUGUGGGCACGGGCUGGCCGGACUCCUCAUGCUUCAGAGGGGCGCCGGCGCUGUCGUCUUCCAAGAUUUAAAUCCUGAAGUGCUGACAAGCGUCACAGCGCCGACUGUCGCUCUGAACAUGUCCGAAAGCGACGCUGCCCUGACGGCGCAUGCGCCGCGACACGAUCACCAGAUGCGAGUAUGUCGGCGAGCCGCGAACGCACAGGCUGCCGAGCCGCCGUCGCCUGUUUCCGCACCCGCGCCGUCGUUGUUUCUGCCAGCAAACUGCCUUCUUCUCCCGGCUUCCUGGGAGGCGUUCCCUGCUCUGUGUUGCUCCUGCGGCUGUUCCUGUUCGGAGGCAAACGCUGCGUCAUCGGCCUCUCCCCCGUUUCCUUCGACCUCGUCGCCGCCUUGCUCCGGUGCCUCCGCGUUCACCGCGUGUCCCUCGUCGUCAGCUGAGCACGGCCGUCGGGACCGGUCAAGUCCGCACGCGCAGUUUGACUGGAUUGUCGCGUCUGAGUGUAUCUACAGACCCAAGUUGUUCGGCACGUUGCGGCAGCUCCUGAAGACGCGCCUGAAACGCUCAGGAAAGGCUCUGGUCGCCGGGAAACGGUACUAUUUUGGUCUGGGCGGCGGCACAUUGCCCUUCUUGCACUUUCUACGGAAGGCCGAGAGCGAGGCGAGAGAGAGGCAGGCGAAGGCGGAGACAAAAGAAAGGGGCCACGUGGCAGAGGACGGGUCGAAUGCACCCGAGUGCUCGGCGAGCGACGUGUGCAUGGACGAAAGUACAGAGCAACACGCCGACUCAGCGACUGACGCCGAAGACGAGCUGGAAGUAUCCGUAGCACUGGCCAUAGAAGACAAGGCCUCCAACGUUCGCGACAUUCUUGUAAUAGAGAAGAAAAGGAGAAACGUAACGGCGACACCGUCCUAG